GCAGACUGCUCUCUCCUUUCGGGUCAGUGUAGCGGUUUUCGCCUGUGUCUCCGUGGAUUACCCUUUAUUUCUCUUCUCUGCACGUCCGACUCCAAAUCACAGAAAUGAGCCUUCCACAGCUGACCAAGCCGGCCCCUGACUUCUGCGGUACCGCUGUGAUCGACGGCGAGUUCAAGGAAAUCAAGCUGUCAGACUACAAGGACAAGUACCUGGUCCUCUUCUUCUACCCGCUUGACUUCACCUUCGUCUGCCCCACGGAGAUCAUCGCCUUCAGCGACCGAGCGGACGAGUUCCGUAAGAUCGGCUGCGAAGUAGUUGCCUGCUCCACCGACAGCCACUUCUGCCAUCUUGCAUGGAUCAACACACCCCGCAAGCAAGGUGGUCUUGGCGAGAUGAAGAUCCCACUUCUGGCUGACAAGACCAGCAAAAUUGCAAGAGCCUAUGGUGUCCUCAAGGAAGAUGAUGGUGUUCCCUUCCGUGGCCUUUUCAUCAUUGACAACAAGGGCCUUCUGCGCCAGAUCACGAUGAAUGACCUCCCUGUCGGCCGCUCUGUUGAUGAAACUCUCCGGCUUGUCCAAGCCUUCCAGUACACCGACAAGUAUGGAGAAGUUUGCCCCGCCAACUGGAAGCCUGGAGGUGACACCAUGAAGCCCGACCCCAAGGGCAGCAAGGCCUACUUUGCAAAAAGUGACCACUGAGUACCCUCUUCCACAGCUUCAAGCCAAAGCCCACUGUUGUUCCACUCCAUGUCCAUGCGUGACACUGUGCUUCAUGUAAAGUAUUAAAGUAACAUUUUUCAUA